UGCAUCAACACAGUAUUGAAAUUGAUUAGGUUUACUCAAAUGAUACUUCGUUGAAUGUGAGAAUGCAGUGGACAUGUACCCAAUUGCUCACGAACUACCCAGAUAUGUUCUCAAUGGCCUGACUUUCGUAACUAGAGCUCUAUGGUCAAUUUUCAAGCACACUGAUUUAGUUUUUAGAUGGAAGCUUUUUCAUAGCUGUUGAAGUCACAUUAGUCCCAUGAUUAAUCUGUUUCCUUUAAUACCAGGUUGCUAUCAGAAUGAAUGAAUGGUAAUGUUGUAAAUGGAGUCUCGUCCUAACUAUUUAUUUACAAUUUACAUCUUUAUCAACAAACCAAGUUUUGGGCCCUCUCUCAUACUUGUCAGCACAUACACUUUGUAGAAGAUCAGUCACCCUUUGGACCGUUUUGGACAGUUAAUAUCGGUCGUUCGCAUCCUCUUGUGAACGUGUCUCUGUCAAGAUGAGCAUGAUUCCAGGGAUGUGAAAUUCCGACUCACUAGCUUUCAGGAAAUAAGGCAAUUACCAUUUGCAAAUGUUCAGCUCUAGCGGUUUCUUAAUAAAGUCGGCCACUCUCUCUGGAUCUUAACAACAUCUGAUUUCGUCCGAUCGUCGUGUCCAUAUUUUCACAAGAUCCUUUCAAAGAAACAAAGACACACAUAAACACCAAAUCCGUUCAAGUGAGCUAAUCAUCAGGCUCAGUCGCCAGUCGACUUCGGGAGGAGGAUCCAACGCAUCAUUAGCAACUCUUUCCUGGGACAUCAAGAGAUCGUCACGGAUUUCUCUUCCACUACUGUCAACAUCUCCGCUAUCUAAUGAAGUAAUUCCAACUCACUUUUUGGACAGAGGAGUGAAUCGUCUUGAAUUUCCCGCGUGAAGUGUAGUGGUGAAAUCAUUGGUUGUACUUGGUUCCAUCAAAAUGGGUCGAUCAGAUAAGAAGAGGAAUUGCUGUGGGCGUCGAAAUUGCUCAUGGAUACCCCAUAUUCUGUCCAUAUUGUCAACUUCAUUGUGCAUCGUCAUCUUUUGGAUGGGUCUUUUUAAGUUCAAAGAAAUUGAUUCUCUUUUAAACAAAGCUGACGAACAGACAAACUCCACGGAAUGGAACUUGAUAAAAGCCAACAAAUCUCAAUGGAAGUCCCUCCAAGAGCUGGAACACCGUUUGGAUAUCCAUGUGCGCUCAUUGCAGGGCCUGGAGUAUAGGGUCAACCAAUCCCACAAUCCGAACCUUUUGCCCGAUUAUGAAUACGAUAGCCUCCUCGAACGAAUCGAUAACUUCGAACGGCAAUACGGAGGAGCCUUGAAUUGGCUCCACAACAAGAUCUCGAAACUUGAAAACGAAACUCUUUUGGACAUUGACGUACAAUUCAGCCAUCUGAGAUCCCGCAUUGAAAAGGGCGAGCAAUCCAGUAACGCCCACAACCAGCGCAUCAACGACCUCAAGGGUCGAUUGGAGGAGGAUUCGGACUUACUGGAGUCAAAUACCGUGGCCUUGUACAACCAAACUAGAACUCUGGAACAAGUCUUUUUAGACUUGGAAUCCCUGAGAGACUUAACGGAGAGUCUGGUCCCAAAUGUGUCUGAUGCUGACUCGAUUAAUUUGGAAGAAGAAAUUCAGAAGAUUCUAGUUCAAAUUCAAGAUCUGAAUGCCACGGUCUCCGAAACUAUUUUGGCUUCAAAUCAGGUUGUCCACCAGCCCCCAAUUGAACUGGAAUUGUUCAUCGCAAAUCUCAAUCAAAGCUACGACUCCCUUUCCGAUACUCUGGAAGAGCUCAAGGAUCGUCUUGACCUCACUGAGGGAACGUUGGGAAACUACACGAGGCGAUUGGAUUCCACCGAGAUGAAUUCGACCAAGAACACCCUGAAGGUCCAAAAAUUGAACAAUAUCACGAAGGAGUUUGUGGAACUCCAAACCGAAUUUGGCACUCUAAGAGCCCUUUUCGCCAACACCACUUCAAAUGGACAAGGAGCGUAAAAUAAGAAGCCAAUGGUGAUCUCUUCACACUCUUUUUUUUGCCUUUCCUCAUGAAAAUAAAUUGAUUGUUUUUGUGGUGUAA